AUGGGGGCCAGAAAAAGAAACGAUGAGGGCACAAGGAAGAGGCAGAGGAGCUCUGAGCCUGAACCCUCGGAGGACGGCGUCAGGAAGACCACAUCCACCUCAGAGGAAACCAGCAGACAGGAGUUUGAGGCUAAAUACAAGCAGCUGAAUCCACUGGGUGAGGGAAGCCACGGAUUGGUCUACGCUGGUUACAGAAGAGCUGAUCAUUUCCCUGUGGCAAUAAAACACAUUCCCAGGGACAAUGUCAUCUGUGAAGGCAUCACUCAGAAUAGGAGGACACUCCCUCUUGAGGUGGCUGUCAUGAUAAAGAUGGCCAGUGGAGCAGCAGGAUCAGUAGGGAAAUCCCUACUGGAUUAUGAUGAUCUGGAUCAGGAGCUCAUCCUGGUCCUGGAACGUCCAUUCCCCUCCGCUGACCUCCUUAAAUACAUCGAGGUCAAAGAAGGGUCCCUGCAGGAGGAGGAGGCCAGGCUUCUGAAGCAGCUGGGAGACAUCUUGAUUGAAACCAGCUCUGAUGUCCCACGUUUGAGGCUGAUUGAUUUUGGCCUCAGCUGCUUCACAAAGAAGGCCUCAUCAUACAGGAUCUUCUGUGGUACCUCAGCCAACAUCCCACAGCUUAUUUUAACCCAAACCACGAUCUUUACCUAACCCUAAACCAAACCAUAGCGUUGUCACAUCAUAAAACUGAUACAUUUUUGUAUGUAUGUAUUGGCACAGACAAAUGAUGUAGUCCUAUCUAUAGGGGCAUCAGAUCAGAAAAGACUUGUAUGUGUCAUUGUGGAGGGCAUGGAAAUUAAAUGGCAUAUUUUGUUGUUUAAUGUUUUUAAAUAGCUUUCAUGAAACGGGGCCCCUGGUUAGCAUCACUAGCAUCAGGUGAGGUACGCGAUUCUGGAGAAAUCCAAUACCAUGACAAAUAACAUGUAUAUAGAUAUAGAUAUAUAUCUAUGAUACGAUAUAGAGUAAACAAUGACACAGCAAGUAAUGUAACUAACGUUAG